CGAUAGCAAAAAAAGACAAAUUAAGCAAGGCGGCGAAUGAAAAUAAACGCUGAGAAAAAAUAAAAGGGAAAGAAAAAGAAUUAUAAAAGAGUUUAAAGACUUUUUCUAAAUUACAAAAAAUACAAGAAAAAAAAAUAUGAAAAAAAUUGAUAAUUCAAGAAUAUUCGUUUAUUUUGUUGAGUGCUGUUUUUAACAUAAAAAUCAAAGUGGAAGUGAUGCAAACAAAUUAUAUUGACCAGCAGUAAAUAAAGAAUUUACAGCAAAAACAAAAGAAAAACCAACAACCAAGUGAAAAAGGGAAUUCAAAAGAAAAAUAAUUCUUCUUUUUUUUGAAAAUAGAAAAACUACAAGCAGCAGCCAGCACCAGCAACCAAAUCAUCAUCUUCAUCAAGUAAAAAAGAGCAGACGAAAUAUUUAUUUUCUACGACUACGACCACAAUAAAAGACUGAACCCAAUCUUACAACAAAAACAACAAAAUAUCUCUCUACUCCACCACUCCAAUUGAAAAAAAAAAAAAACAGCAAAACAAUAACAACAAACAUCUAGUGGAUUUUGUUUCUAAACAUUAUUACCACCAACCAACAAUCACCAUACUCAGCAGAAUCAUUAAAAAAUAAAUAAACAAAAAUAUAAAUUUCUUUAUUUUAUCAUCCAUCCAUUAUUCGCUUUGAGUUAACGUUUAAUACGAAAUCGGGGGAUUUCCAUAAAAAUAUUGCUGCAUUAGAACAAACGUUAUAACCUUAAAGUAUCGUUUAACUUUUUGUUUUGGAUUUUGAUUUUUGAGAGUAUUUUUCUACAACGAAAGAUCAACAUAUUAUCUUCAUUGUGAACACCAACCACAACCAGCAACCAACAUUGUUGAAGUCAUUUUCACAGCACUCAGUCUGUCGUCAUCAAGAUCAUCAUCACCAACCAACCUUUUCUACCUCUUGCUUUUUUAAUUUUGAACAAUUAUCAUCAGCAUCAAUAUCGACGUCGUCGUCGUCAAAUUAUAGUACGUGAGUCCCGAUUGUUUUAGAUAUCAGCAGCAGCAUCAUCAUUAUCCAGUAAAACUCAUUUCGUUGGGCUUUUUAUUAUUGUUUUAUCCAUCCAACUCAAUAUGGAUGAUUUAUUGGUCGAAGUUCGACUCGAUAAUGGCGCCUACUAUAAGGGUAUGGUUACAGCUGUCUAUGACGAUGGUGUCUGUUGUGAAGUUGAUGGCUGUCCAGAAGUUCAAAAAUAUCCCUUUGCAAAUGUACGCUUUCCACCGGAUGAACAACCCGAGCCACCUACUUUUGAAGAAGGCAUGGAAGUCGAGGUAUUCACCCGUUCGACAGAGCGUGAGGUGUGCGGCUGGUGGAUUGCUUCAAUUAAAAUGUUAAAGGCUGAAAUUUGUGCUGUGGCUUAUAUUGGCUUUGAGACACCCUACACUGAAAUUGUAGAACUUAAACGUUUACGUGCAAAGAAUCUCAAUCCGCCAAUUACGCCAAAAACUUUCUUUCAAUUUACGAUACCCGUACCCGAGGAAUUGCGUGCUGAAGCACAAAAAGAUGGCAUUCAUAAGGAAUUUCAACGUACCAUAAACGCUGGCGUUUGUGUUUAUAGUCCUGAUUUGAAUGCUUUAGUUGUGAUUUCCAAAUGGGAUGUGACUCAUAAACGCGCCAGUAUGCUUAAAGAUAUGCAUUUUCGUAAUUUAUCACAAAAAGUUAUGCUUUUAAAACGUACUGAAGAGGCUGCACGUCAAUUGGAAUCAACUAAACUACUUAACCGUGGAUAUACUGAUGAAUUUCAUGUACGUGAAGAUUUAAUGGGUUUAGCAAUUGGUUCACAUGGUGCCAACAUACAAGCAGCCCGUCUACUCGACGGUGUUACUAAUAUUGAAUUGGAAGAGAAAUCGUGUACUUUUAAAAUAACCGGCGAAUCAAAGGAAGCGGUACAGAGAGCAAGAGCCAUGCUAGAAUAUGCCGAGGAAUUCUUUCAGGUUCCCAGAGAAUUGGUUGGUAAGGUUAUUGGCAAAAAUGGUCGUAUUAUACAAGAGAUUGUCGAUAAGAGUGGUGUUUUUCGAAUUAAGGUGAUCGCUGGCGAUGAUGAACCCGAUGUUAGUAUAUUACGCGAGCCAGGACAUGUGCCAUUUGUGUUCAUUGGUACCGUUGAAAGUAUUUCAAAUGCCAAAGUAUUAUUGGAAUAUCACUUGGCUCAUUUAAAGGAAGUGGAACAAUUGCGCCAAGAAAAAUUAGAAAUCGAUCAACAACUGCGAGCCAUACAGGAGUCAUCAAUGGGUUCUGUGCAAAAUUUUCCUUCAUCACGUCGUUCUGAACGCGGUUAUAGCAGUGAUAUUGAAUCGGUACGCUCAAGUCGUGGUGGUCCACGUGGCAGAGGCCGAGGACGCGGUGGCGGUGGUAAUGGUGGUGGUGGCGGCGGUGGUGGUAAUCAACGUUAUAAUCAAGGUCGUCGUGGUGACGAUGAUGAUUAUAAUUCCCGCGGUGAUCAUCGUUAUGAUCGCAAUGAUCGUAGCAGCGCUGGCGGCGGCGGCGGUGGUUAUCGUGGCGAACGUCGUGGUGGCCAAAGGCGUAAUAAUCGUAAUAGCGAACAAAAUGGCAGGGAUCAUCAGUACUAUAGUCAUACUGAUAAUGUACAGGAAGUUCGUGAGCAAAGCAGCGUGGAAAGAGCCGAAAGUAAUUCCUCAUAUGAAGGCAGCUCUCGAAGACGUAGAAGGCAAAAAAGCAACGCCUCUCAUAAUACAAAUGGUGGAGUGGCCACUAACAAAUCACAGCAAAAUAGUAAACCGCCACAACAUAAUGCUGACAAAAAUAGUGGUGUAGGCGGCGGCAGCAGUGGUGGUGGAGGUGGUGUUGUUGGUUCUUCUGGUAAUGCUAGCGAUAGAUCAAAACAGAGUCUAAACAAUAAUAAUAACAACAAUAGCAGCAACAAUAAAGAAGCCAAUAGUGUUACACAAAACAAAGGUGAACAACAGCAAGGUUUUGUGGCAUCACAGCAGCAACAGCAGCCACAACACAAUCAACCGCCAAAAGCCAGACGUAAUAAUAAAAAUCGCAAUCAACAACAACAAAAUCAUGCAAAUGAUCAUCAACAACAAAAGCAACCACCACAACAACAGCCACAGCAGUCGCAACAGCAGCAUACACAGGAUAAAAAGGAAACUUUAGUGAAUGGAACUUCCUAAUUUACCGUUAAAGGGUAAAAUGAAAAACAAACAAA